GUGUGUGCGUGUAAGUAGGGGGGAGCGCGGAUUCGCUCGGGAGAGAGAGAGAGAGAGAGAAAGGCCGAGAGGAGCCGCCGAGUGGUACCCGCUUGCCAGCAUGUCUUCCAGCCCCUCCGUCAACUACGUGAAGUGCAUAGUGGAGCAGCUGAAACUCGAGGCCGGCGUGGAACGCAUCAAGGUCUCUCAGGCAGCUGCAGAGCUUCAGCAGUACUGUAUGCAGAACGCUUGCAAAGAUGCUUUGCUCGUUGGCGUUCCGGCUGGAAGCAACCCAUUUCGAGAGCCCAGGUCCUGCUCCUUGCUCUGAAGGCAGGGAAGGUUUUCUGAAAGUCCUCAAGUACAAGAAGAAUCCCAGCGGUCUUCCUUGUUUUCCAAACCAACAAUUUCUUUAUGUAGGGCUUAAACAGUUUCUUUAGAUAUUUAUUAGUCUGCCUGACUGUCUUAGUAAAUGGUUAAAUCUUUUGCUAAUAUAAAGCAUUUUAUAAGGAAAAGCUUUUCCUUUUGUAAUUGAUUCAAUAUCCUUUCUUUAAUCCUCUUGAGAUGUUUACAUUUAGAAAAGGACAAUACCAAUGAUGCGUUUCUGUUGUGCCUGAAUGAAACACGUCCCAGGUACCUUCUUACUAACAGCUUUCUGUUUUCUAAUCAGAGAUAUUUUCAAGCAUGUUUGAGCAGGCAAAUUUGGCCACUUAAGGCUGCAGUUUUACGCACAUUUGUUAUUUUUGAAUAAGCGUGAUAUAUUCAACAGGGGAGCUAUAGCUCCUAGUUAGUAUUAUAGAACUUCGGGCAUAUUUCCAUUCUAAAAUUGAGGCUCCCUUAAAAAUACUUUGUACUGGUUGAAGUAUACCCAGUUUGUUAAAAGAAAAGUGCUUCUCUGUUCCAGUUGGUUGAAAUGAAGAAGAUGUAUGUCAUAUUGAGAGGUAUUUACUAUAGCCCCUUGAGUGCCCAUGCCCCAAUUUUACCCAGGAAUAUAAGCUUGCUAUUCAGCUUUCCAGUGGAUUAGGAAGGACAGUAGUGUAUAGGAAUCUCUAUAUAUGUAUCUUACUCUCCCUAUUUUAUAGAGGGCAAGCACAUGGCUGAGAGGUAUAAGAGGAACCAUGUCAUAAAUCAUCUUCCCAUUUGAGUUGUGCACAGCUCAAUGGGAACUGGGAACUGUCAAGGAUUGAUAAGCUGCUCCUUCUGCCAGUUUGCAAAGAGGAGGAGAGUAAAGUGAGAUUAAGGUGCAGGGAGGGGAGAUUGAAGAACCCGAUCCACUGAGAUCACAAAGGGAAGAGUGAGAGAAGAUGCACCAACUCCCAGAAUAGGACCCACCAUCUUUGGCCAAGUCUACCAACCACAUGGCUCCUGACCCUCUAGUAGAGACAGCCCUUGGGGCUGCAUAUUCACCACAGAAGAUCUAAUCUUUAUCUCUCUGCUUUCCCAUAAAAUAGUUACCUUGCAGGAAAAGCCUGCUAAUUCAGGACAUUCCAAUGCCACAGACCCCAAAGAACUUUAAAAACCUGCCAGAUGUCUGCAAGCCUUAGGAUAGGAAAGGAGCAUUGCCCUUCCCCCCCCCUUUAUUUGUUUUAACCAUUCCUUUCUCAUUGACGAAAAGAUGCUGCAGUACAGGAGAGAAAACACUUCACAUACUGUAGAACAGGAUGAAUAUGGACAUGCAUUAAAAGUGUGUGUGUAAAGAGGCCUAAGAACCAUCCAUUUAUCCUGGAUAUCUGCAUCAAAAUGCCUCACUUUGUGCUGGUGUUGACUCCUGCUGAAGUUACAAAAUCGAUUAGUUUCAGAAGGGGAGAAAUCUUGUGCUCUCCAAGAUAUCUUCUUCAGGUCUACAGGAUUAUAAGCUUAAAAUGUGCCUGCUUGGCAAAUAAUCACCGAUAACAACACUACAAUACAUAACUAUAAAUAGGCAAUCUACAAGCAAGGCUUUCCUAGCAUUUGCAAUAUUACUGGAACAAUUCACCUUUUUUUUUUUUUUUUUUUUGGGUGGGUCAGGUAUCUUUGAUUUUCGAUUACCAAGCACUUUUAUACACCCUGUUUACUUUU